CAGAAAGCGCGUUCGGCUUAUAAACAAACGUACACAUCUCGCAGCCUUCUGCUAUUUGUGCAAUCUAAAUAUAACGCAUUUUAAUUUCGACAACUUUCAUUAUUUUUCGACGACCACUUAAGAGCAGCCGCCGCCACCACCAGGUUUAUAGGCAUGCCAAGUAAUUGUCCGGAGUGUGGCUCUUCCAAUGUCGUGGAGGAUGAUCUGUACUCUGAGAGGCAGUUGGUGUGUGAAGACUGUGGGUCUGUGGUCUCAGAGGGACAUCUGACCACCACAUUGAGCGAUGAGACCCAGAGCAGAGCUGUGCCCUAUCAUGCCUCCACAGAGGCGAUCAAGAAACCAUGCAGGAAUCUAAUCGCAGGCUUCUCUCGAGUGCGUGCUCUCUGCCGUAUUCUCAGAUUAACCAGUGAUAUGGAAUCGGAGGCAGUGAGUCUCUUUGAGCGGGCUUACAACCACCCAAACUUCCUCCAUGUGACCUUAACCAAAAAGGAGGUCUUGGGAGGUUGUUGCAUACUGUCCGUCUGUAGGCAGAGCAACUGUCCUGUUUCUAUGGGAACCAUUGGAUACCUGCUAGGGGCAGACACUCCUUUAAUGGGCGCAGUCUAUCAAGAACUUACAAAGAGUCUGAAUAUUGAGAAUACAACCAAAGUCAUCACAGACUUGCUGGAAAGCUUCUGCUAUGAGUUCAAGCUGCGUCCUGAACAGGUGGAUGAGGUUUUGUCUGAAACCCCACAGCGGCUAGUGGACCGAACAUCUGCUCUGAUUGAACUAGCUGCAGAUGCCUGGAUAGUGACGGGCCGCCAGCCUAUGCCCCUAUUCAUGGCAUCAAUCUAUGUGGCCUGGCAGUCUCUAAACCCUUCUGCCCGCAUGAAAUACACUUUCAGUGCAUUCUGCCAGAUUGGAAAAGCACCUGAACAGUCAUGGCGUAAAAGCAGAGAGACUAUCCUGAAACGGAUAAAUGAGCUAAAGGGGGUGUUGUGCAAACUGGGUCAGGAGCUGCCAUGGCUAAGAGGGCGAAAAGUGGAGCCCAGCAUGGUUGCCACGCUUGUGGAUGACAUCCUAAAGAACCGCAGGGCAUUGCUCAUGAGAGCCGUUCGAAACUAUGAAGAGCAAUUGAAAAGUGAACUAUCAGAAACACAAACAGGAGACCAGGAGAAUGACCUAUCAGGAAACAACCCAACCAAUUCAAAUCAUCCUGAUUCACCUUCCUCAAAGGCUCCUGAAUCAGAAGUUUCAUAUCUCAAGCAGGUGAGCUCUGAUGAUUGUGAGUCUGUCGCUGAUAAAGAGACCUCCGAUUGUGAACUACCACCAACCCAUUGGGGUAAAAGGCACUUGUUUUUACCUCCCUGCGUGAAGAGUCGCAAAAGGCAGCGAGUGGACACUCCUCAGUUGGAAGUGACUGGAGAUGAGGAAAUAUCGGACAGUGAAAUUGAAUCAUAUAUUCGAUCUCAGGAUGAGAUCAAAAUGUAUUUAUCAGCUCAGAAAGAGCUGGAGGAGGCGUAAUGGGUUCUCACUGUGAACAAAAGUCAUAUUGUUUUCAUUAGGAUAGUUCAUUCCUGGUUUAACAUUAAGCUGAACUUAAUGAUGUGGUAGAGGAAUAGUUCACACAAAAAUGGAAAUUGCUCUCAAGUUGUUCAAAAACCCAUAUAACUUUCUUUAGUGAAACACAAAAGCUAAAAAAAAAACUAUAGUAUCCUAGCCACUCCAUAUUUCCAUAUAACACAAGUAAAUGGGAACUGGAGCUGUCAAACCAAGAUGACAAAUGUGUGCCAUAACAGGGUUAUUAAUGUGGUCCACAUGGAACAUGAGCUAGAAGUCUUCUGAAGCCAUAUGAUAGCUGUGCCAUUGGUCCAUUUGUCACACAAAGCUUUAGAAUGGGCCACUUUUAGGGUACUUUUUUGAAAAAUACACUUGUUUCCAUCUUAAUUGGUGCUUUUUACUUUUUUACUUUUUUUUUUUUUUUUUUUUUUGCAAUGCCACUUUAUUGUGAAUUAUAGGUCUUAAUAUAAGCGCCUUUUUGUCAGGAAGUCAUUUAUUUCCUCGCUGAAGCAAGUUUCAGAUGAUUUGUUAAGUGUUUUGUACUUUUCACUUAAAUAACUUGUAUUUCAUUUGACUCAACUGCAGCCACUGAAUUCCCCUCAGAUGCAAAACACAUUUAUUUUCUCUUGCAGAUUGUCCGUUUCAGUGUGUCAUUACACGAGUGUUCAUUUCAGGAAGACAUUUAUUUUUAUAAUGCUGAGUCACAGCUGUUCCUGCUGACAUUGUGUUUGUGAUGGCAUCAUUCGUAUGCACUGCUUUCAUUCUUUUGUUUGCUUGAGGCUGUAAAAACUGUCAAAUCAAAAUUGUUCCUCGGGUAUCUAUGACCCUGAAAAUGCAAAA